GGAUGCGUCAGGCGCCACGUCUGCAGCGGCCGCAGAUUGAAGUGUGAGCCAGCAGAGCGGCGGAGGGAGAUCCGUCACCGGGGCUGUGAUUCGGCAGUCAUCCAGGAGAGAGGCGGGAACGAAGCCGGCACCAUGAAUCAGACGCAGCAAUCAGAAGAAGAGGUUCCUGCUUAUCUUCGGGAGGAGGCACCAGAGGAUUCCGUCAAGGACCACCCCUCAGCAACAACCUGGCAUGAUCUCUCGUGUAACGGGGGGCAUCUUCAGCAUCACCAAAGGAGCGGUUGGUGCUACCAUCGGUGGAGUGGCCUGGAUCGGAGGCAAAAGCUAUGAGGUGACCAAAACGGCAGUCACAUCAGUACCUAGUAUAGGAGUCGGCAUUGUGAAAGGCAGCGUGUCAGCGGUCACUGGUGGUGUGGCUGCCGUGGGAUCAGCAGUCUCCAGUAAAGUCUCUGGAAAAAAGAAGGACAAAUCUGACUGA